GGGCCAGUGCACCCUGGGCUGCCCCUGCCAGGGCCCUGAGACCCGAGCCUCCCCGCCGAGGGCACCUGUCUCGGCUUUGCCCCAUUCGAGCAGGGCCCUCGCCGAGGCAGGACAGGGCCACAUUCGGAAUUGAGAGUUCUCUGAGUCCCGCACAGAGCGAGUCUCUGUCCCCAGCCCCCAAGGCAGCUGCCCUGGUGGGUGAGUCAGGCCAGGCCCGGAGACUUCCCGAGAGCGAGGGAGGGACAGCAGCGCCUCCAUCACAGGGAAGUGUCCCCGCGGGAGGCCCUGGCCCUGAUUGGGCGCCGGGGCGGAGCGGCCUUUGCUCUUUGCGUGGUCGCGGGGGUAUAACAGCGGCGCGCGUGGCUCGCAGACCGGGGAGACGGGCGGGCGCACAGCCGGCGCGGAGGCCCCACAGCCCCGCCAGGACCCGAGGCCAAGCGAGGGGCUGCCAGUGUCCCGGGACCCACCGCGUCCGCCCCAGCCCCGGGUCCCCGCGCCCACCCCAUGGCGGCGGACGCGGCGCUACGCCGGCUUCUGAGGCUGCACCGCACGGAGAUCGCGAUGGCCGUGGACAGCGCCUUCCCACUGCUGCACGCGCUGGCCGACCACGACGUGGUCCCCGAGGACAAGUUCCAGGAGACGCUUCAUCUGAAGGAAAAGGAGGGCUGCCCCCAGGCCUUCCACGCCCUCCUGUCCUGGCUGCUGACCCAGGGCUCCACAGCCAUCCUGGACUUCUGGAGGGUGCUGUUCAAGGACUACAACCUGGAGCGCUAUGGCCGGCUGCAGCCCAUCCUGGACAGCUUCCCCAAAGAUGUGGACCUCAGCCAGCCCCGGAAGGGGAGGAAGCCCCCGGCCGUCCCCAAGGCUUUAGUACCGCCACCCAGACUCCCCACCAAGAGGAAGGCCUCAGAAGAGGCUCGAGCUGCCGCGCCAGCAGCCCUGACUCCAAGGGGCACCGCCAGCCCAGGCUCUCAACUGAAGGCCAAGCCCCCCAAGAAGCCGGAGAGCAGCGCAGAGCAGCAGCGCCUUCCACUCGGGAACGGGAUUCAGACCAUGUCAGCUUCAGUCCAGAGAGCUGUGGCUGUGUCCUCCGGGGACGUCCCGGGAGCCCGAGGGGCUGUGGAAGGGAUCCUCAUCCAGCAGGUGUUUGAGUCAGGGGGCUCCAAGAAGUGCAUCCAGGUUGGUGGGGAGUUCUACACUCCCAGCAAGUUCGAAGACCCCGGCAGUGGGAAGAACAAGGCCCGCAGCAGCAGUGGCCUGAAGCCUCUGGUUCGAGCCAAGGGAGCCCAGGGCGCUGCCCCCGGUGGAGGUGAGGCUAGGCUGGGCCAGCAGGGCAGGGUUCCCGCCCCUCUGGCCCUCCCCAGUGACCCCCAGCUCCACCAGAAGAACGAGGAUGAGUGUGCCGUGUGUCGGGAUGGCGGGGAGCUCAUCUGCUGUGACGGCUGCCCUCGGGCCUUCCACCUGGCCUGCCUGUCCCCUCCGCUCCGGGAGAUCCCCAGUGGGACCUGGAGGUGCUCCAGCUGCCUGCAGGCAACAGUCCAGGAGGUGCAGCCCCGGGCAGAGGAGCCCCAGCCCCAGGAGCCACCCGUGGAGACCCCGCUCCCCCCGGGGCUUAGGUCGGCGGGAGAGGAGGUAAGAGGUCCACCUGGGGAACCCCUAGCCGGCAUGGACACGACUCUUGUCUACAAGCACCUGCCGGCCCCGCCUUCUGCAGCCCCGCUGCCAGGGCUGGACUCCUCGGCCCUGCACCCCCUACUGUGUGUGGGUCCUGAGGGUCAGCAGAACCUGGCUCCCGGUGCGCGUUGCGGGGUGUGCGGAGACGGCACGGACGUGCUGCGGUGUACUCACUGCGCCGCCGCCUUCCACUGGCGCUGCCACUUCCCAGCCGGCACCUCCCGGCCCGGGACGGGCCUGCGCUGCAGAUCCUGCUCAGGAGACGUGACCCCGGCCCCUGUGGAGGGGGUGCUGGCCCCCAGCCCCGCCCGCCUGGCCCCUGGGCCUGCCAAGGAUGACACUGCCAGUCACGAGCCCACUCUGCACAGGGAUGACCUGGAGUCCCUUCUGAGCGAGCACACCUUCGACGGCAUCCUGCAGUGGGCCAUCCAGAGCAUGGCCCGUCCGGUGUCCGGUGGCCCCCUUCCCCUCCUGACCCCAGAUGGCCGGGACAUGCAGCUCUGAUGGGAGAGUGCCGAGAAGGACACCUCCUUCCUCAGCCCUGGAAGCCGGCCGGCUGGGAUCAAGAAGGGGACAGCGCCACCUCUUGUCAGUGCUCGGCUGUAAACAGCUCUGUGUUUCUGGGGACACCAGCCAUCAUGUGCCUGGAAAUUAAACCCUGCCCCACUUCUCUACUCUGGAAGUCCCCGGGAGCCUCUCCUUGCCUGGUGACCUACUAAAAAUAUAAAAAUUAGCCGGGCAUGGUGGUGUGCGCCUGUAAUCCCAGCUAUGCAGGAGCCUGAGGCAUGAGAAUCACUUGAACUCGGGAGGUGGAGGUUGCAGUGAGCUGAGAUUGCGCCACUGCACUCCAGUCUGGUCGGCAAGAGUGAGACUCCGUCUCAAAAAAACAAACAAACAAAAAAAACACAUAACAUAAAUUUAUCAUCUCGACCACUUUUCAGUUCAGUGGCAUUCACAUCUCAUGUAACCAUUGCCACCACCAUCUGCAGAGCUGUUCCAGCUUCCUGAAUGGAAACUCUGGCCCCAUGAAACACUCACUCCCCAUUCCCCUCCCAACCCCUGGCACCCUCCACUCUACUUUCUGUCUCUAUGACUUCUCCAGGGACCUCAUGGAAGUGGAAUCACACAGUAUCUGUCCUUUUGUGUCUGUCUUAUUUUACUCAGCAUGGUGGCCCCAAGGUUCAUCCAUGUUGUAGCAUGUGCCGAAAUCUGCUUCCUUUUUUAAGGCUGAGUAAUAUUCCAGCACAUGGAUGGACCGCAUUGUGCUCAUCUAUGCUUUCCUCAGCAGACACCUGGGUGCUUCCACCUUUUGGCUGUUGUGAAUAAUGCUGCUAUGAAUAUGUGUGUGCAAAUAUCUGUGUGAGUCUUUGAGUAAAAUCGCUGGAUCACAUGGUAAUUAUAUUUUUAAUUUUUUGAAGAACUGCCAUCCUGUUUUCCACAGCAGCUACACCAUUUCACAUCCCCACCAACACUGCAUGAGGGUUCCAGCCUCCCCAUAUCCUUGAAACAAUUACUAUUUUCUGCAUUUUUCUUUCUUUUCUUUUCUUCUUUUUUUGAGACGGAGUUUUGCUCUUGCUGCCCAGGCUGCAGUGCAAUGGCGCAGUCUCCACUCACUGCAACCUCUGCCUCCUGGCUUCAAGUGAUUCUCCUGCCUCAGCCUCCUGCAUAGCUGGGAUUACAGGCGCACACCACCAUGCCCGGCUAAUUUUUGUAUUUUUAGUAGAGACGGGGUUUCACCAUGUUGGCUGGGCUGGUCUCGAACUCCUGACCUCAGACCUCAGGUGAUCCCCCCCUCCCCCCCCACGGGCCUCCCAAAGUUCUGGGAUUAUGGGCGUGAGCCACUGCGCCCAGCCUGUGUUUUUCUUUUAUAGUAGCCAUCCUAAUGGGUAUGAGGUGGUACCUCAUUGUGGCUAAACCACGUAUGUUUAAGAAUUUAUACACACACACACACACACACACACACACACACGUGAUGAAGCUGUAAGAAAAGGGAGAGAAUAAUGACCCAAAAUGUCAGCACAAGGAUGCCUCAGGGGUAGACACAGGUGUCUUCUUAGCGCCUUUUAGCCCACGCAUAUGUGCUUGCGCAGUCUCUCGGUGUGUUUUCUAACAUUUCACAAUUAAAUAAGGAGUAGUUGAUAUUCACA